AUGUCUUUGAGGCGCUCAGCACGCAUCGCGAGCAGCAAUACUCUAGUAAACUCCGAGCCCAAAGCUGAAAAUGGUGUUGCAAAAUACGAAAAGGUCGCCAAACCAACUGCGACGACAAAAAAGCGCAAAACAAAAGUGAACCUCUUACCAGCCGAAGGAACCGACGAGACAGAAUCUACACCCCCAGCUACACCCCUCCCCAAGAAGAAAUAUAAAUCAGGUGCUACCGUAGAAUCACCAUUGAAACCUCCACCAUUCACACCCACCCCUUCAGCCAUCAACCUCUUGUCAACCAGCACAUCACUCCGACAACCAGAAACAGACCAUCCCCUAGAGACCCUCCUCCAGCCCCGCCCCGCAGCUCCCCAUGCCACAAACGCGCCCCUCUCCACUCCCAACGGCUCCUACACCGUCUCCGCGUACCCAACUUCCUCACCCAUUAAGCCAGAGGACCCCUCGCCAGCCAAGAAGCGCAAGGCCAAGGAGCUGGUUCCCCCGGACGUUGGCGCAAUUCCCAAUGCAAGCACGGAUGUUGAGAGAUUGCUGAAGGAUGCAGAGGAGUUUCUGGUGAAGGUGGAUCCGAAGUUGGAGGAGUUGGUGAAGAAGCAUCAUUGUAAGAUUUUCAGUCCUGAGGGGCUGAGGGAAGUGGUGGAUCCUUUUACGGCGUUGAGUUCGGGGAUUAUUGGACAGCAGGUGCUUGAUGAGUGGCAUGGCUUGAAGCAGCGAGCACACUGGAAAGCAUCUCCCUCAAACCCCGUCCAUCAGAACUGUAAAAAUAACACAUCCCCACCCCAGGUAUCCGGCCAAGCUGCCUCUUCAAUCCGCGCCAAAUUCACAGCCCUCUUCCCAACCACCCACCCGGCCUUCCCCACGCCCACCCAAGUCCUCCAGCUCCCCAUCCCCACUCUCCGCACCGCCGGCCUCUCCCAACGCAAAGCAGAAUACAUCACCGGUCUCGCCGAGAAGUUCUGCUCGGGUGAACUCACCGCGCAGAUGCUUGUCAGCGCUAGCGACGAAGAGCUGAUUGAGAAGCUGGUGGCCGUACGGGGGCUGGGACGGUGGAGUGUGGAGAUGUUUGCGUGUUUUGGGUUGAAGAGGAUGGAUGUUUUUAGUACGGGGGAUUUGGGGGUGCAACGCGGUAUGGCCGUUUACGCAGGCCGGGACGUAAACAAACUCAAGAGUAAAGGUGGAAAGUGGAAAUACAUGACCGAGCGCGAAAUGCUCGACACAGCCGCCAACUUCUCGCCUUACAGAUCACUCUUCAUGUGGUAUAUGUGGAGGAUUGCUGAUGUUGAUGUUGGUGUUAUGCGGGAGACAUGAUUCAUGCGCCGCGCGUGGGUGGGUGAGGGAACGUGACUGGGGGUUCUGUCGUGUGGAAGGUACCGUACGGUAGCUAUGUGGUAUGUGUGUGGGCGUGUGAGAGCUCAUGUGUGGGUCGAUGUGCAUGUGUGGGUCUAGAUGAGGGGCGGGGGGAGCGGUACAGAUGCUGUGAAUACCUAGACCCCGGAUCCUUUCUUCCGAAAAGAGUAGUAUGCAAUGCAUCGGGGGGCUUCUGUUUCUCCCUUGGUUCGAUUG